UCAGGCAAUCAAAGCUGCUGCUAGUGCUGCUGCUGUGGUGUUGGUGACCGUAGACUGAAUCGUGCGUUAGUCGUGCGUCGCUCUCAGUCAUUACCUCGCAAAGAACGCCAGGUGAUUUUCGGCCGGAGACUCCGUCCGUCUAGUGCCGAGAUGUCGGCCACAGCAAGCUCCACCACGGGCAGAAUAGAGUUCAUCGUCGGUGGGAAGUAUCGCCUCGUCCGAAAAAUCGGGAGCGGAUCUUUCGGGGACAUUUACCUCGGACUCAACAUCACCAAUGGAGAGGAAGUAGCCGUCAAGCUAGAGUCCAUCAAAGCCCGUCACCCACAGCUGCUCUAUGAGUCCAAGCUCUAUAAGCUCCUCCAGGGGGGCAUCGGAAUUCCACACAUCCGCUGGUAUGGUAGUGAAAAGGAAUACAAUCUACUUGUUAUGGACCUUCUCGGCCCAAGUCUGGAGGACCUAUUUAAUUUUUGCUCGCGCCGCUUCACCAUGAAGACUGUGCUGAUGCUCGCAGACCAGAUGAUUGGACGCAUUGAGUUUGUCCAUUCCAAGAAUUUCAUCCACAGAGAUAUCAAACCUGAUAAUUUUCUGAUGGGAAUCGGGCGUCACUGCAAUAAGCUCUUCCUCAUAGAUUUUGGUCUCUCUAAAAAAUACCGGGACAGCAAAAGCAGGCAGCACAUCCCCUACAGAGAGGACAAGAAUCUUACGGGCACAGCGCGUUACGCCUCGAUAAACGCCCAUCUCGGGAUAGAGCAGAGCCGGCGGGACGACAUGGAAUCUCUCGGAUACGUCCUCAUGUACUUCAACAGAGGGUCUCUACCGUGGCAAGGCUUGAAAGCGGCGACGAAGAAACAAAAAUAUGAGAAGAUCUCCGAAAAGAAGAUGGGAACGCCGAUUGAGCUCUUAACCAAGGGAUACCCGGCCGAGUUUGCUAUGUACCUAAACUAUUGCCGAGGUCUUCGCUUCGAAGAAGCUCCCGACUAUAUGUAUCUGCGCCAGCUCUUCAGGAUCCUCUUCCGCACACUCAACCAUCAGUACGACUACAUUUUCGACUGGACGAUGUUGAAGCAAAAGACCGGCGGGGCAUCUGGCGUAGGUUCGUCUCAAGGGGGACAGCACGGCGGCCCGUCUUCCUCUCAAACGGGUCAAAACGCCGCAGCCGGUGCCAGCGGAGUCGGUGUUACCAAUCAGGGUAAGUCGUGUGCUUUUGAUGUACGCGCGAGAAAACGACAGGUCAAGCUUAAGAACAAGAAGAAACACAAGAAGGAUACAUGCAUAAUGUGGGACUACGCAAGAGACGCAAUCGUAGAACCACCCGAGAAGGAUUCGCGGUGCUCCUGUGUAUCAUCGGAUUGGAGUACUCAUAUAACGAAGAUUACUGCGGAACCUAAAUCGAAUUAUAAGAAGAAGAAAUAAAAGACUCCAACCU